CCCUUCUCCCGCCGCCCAUGGUCUGAGGGUUGCACGGGCGGCUGUUUGAGGUGCGCGCAGAGGUCCGACGGCGCAGGUGCAGCAUCGUCGACGAAGAGCAGCCGCGAGCGCAACGGCCGCGCACAGCAACAGACAGGCCAUUGGCGGCCCAUGCAGCCAGCGACUCCAGCAGCAGCGACAAUAGCGAACCCACUCGGCCAUUCAUUCAUCCAUUGAUCCCUCCACUCGCUCAUUCAAAGGGGAGCGCGCGCCCUUGCGACCCACGACGACCGACCCUCACCGCGCCGCCAUCACUCGACCUUUUCCUGCUUGUUCCUUCUCUUUGUCUCCGGUGUCUAGGUCGACUCCUUUACACGCCGCCACGCUCCUUUGACGCCUUUGUCGCGCGGGAAAGAGGGAAAGACAACGGAAGAACGACACUUCCAGAGCCGCACCGGCAUGCGACACCACAUUCCUCCCAGCACUCUCGCGGACGUCUAGAACGCCGAACCCACACAUUCCUUACACCACACUCCUUCCGGCAGAAGCCUUUCGCACCUGCCGUCGCCUGCUGGUCAGGCGAGCGCAUACAGAACACCACACAUUCAUUCAUCCGCAACAUAGGUUCAGUUGCGCACAGACAGGCGUGUUUGAUACACGAGCCCCACCCGUCCGAGCACCAAGAUCUCGUAUUUCCCCAACUUCCUACAAACGACGAUAUCCAUGGGCUGCUUCAGCGAUCGGGAGAAGGGCCCGUCAGAACAGUCGCAAAAAUGGGACUACCUCAACCUCAGCGACUUCCGAUGCACCUCCUUCUGGACUUACCUGGCAUAUGUAUGGCUCUGGUUUAUGGCGCUUGUCGGCAUUGCAGUCUACGCUGUUGACACUUUCACCGCUGUCAAUCUCCUGGCUUUUGAUCGAUGGAGCAGUGAAGUCAAACCUGCACUGGACUUCAAGUACAGCAAAUGGAUCUUCGCCAUCUGCAUCUUAUUGUCCUGGGCGCUAUGCUUCUACGAAUGGAUCAGAGCCCUUCGCAUUAUCAAACGAGGAGGUGUGGCAGAGAGCUUCUUGGAUUCGCUGGCAGUGAACAUACAAAGUAUGCGGCCACAGGGUUUCAAGCGCUUUUUGGUUUUCGAGGCCUUAACCAAGAGUCGGAAGGGCGCCGAUUAUGUCGCCCUCUUCGUCUACUUCUCAUUUCAUACCGCCAUUCGAGUCAUUCUCGCCGAGGGCCCUCGUGUAGGCGUCAAUGCUAUGACCCUGUACGCUGUGCUGCAGGCCGACUUAGUGCCAGCCGCCGACGCCGACCAUAACAGCUUCGAGCAGUUCUUCAUCAACAUUGGCGCAUUAUGGAACAAGGACCAACGCCAAGCCCUCAUCUACUUUGCCAUGUUGUUCACCAUGGUCAUCUGGGUGUUCAGCGCGCUUUCCUUGAUCGCUUCUGCGAUUCUUUACAUCUGCUUCCUAUGGCACUAUAUUCCGCAACGGGACGGUAGGCUGAGCGUCUAUUGCAGACGCAAGGCCGACAAGAGACUGGAGAGAAUCGUGUCGUCCAAGGUGCAAAAGGCAAUCGAAGACGAAGAACGAAAGAAGCGGAAAGAAGAAGAAAAGGCAGAGCUCAGAAGACAAAAGACUGGCGAGAUGCCACCUCCAGUUGCAAAAAUUGGCAUCAAGGAGCAACCUACGCUGCCAAAUCUUGGAUCGCCCGAUAUCAAUAACGACGACAAGCAGUCAGAAUUCACACUCCAAAGACAGGGCACUGAUGCGUCUGUUGCGACGCUGCCGCCAUAUUCGACUAAAGACCGAAUGCAACGCCAGCCCACAUUGCCAGAUUUGGGAGAAGAGCGUCCGCCAAUGAACAGGACAAAUACAGGCGCAUCCGCGUGGUCCAAUGCACCAAGCUAUACCACUGAAGCACCUCUACUUCACAACGCGAGCAUGCCAGGCCAGAGCGAGCCAUCCUUGCCAACUUUGCCGCCUCUGCCACCUGGAGCUGUAACGCGACAGCCGUCGUAUGGAUCACUGCAACAGCCUUGGCACGAUAGAUCAGGAUCGCAUGGCUCGCAAUUGUCUGCGCACUCCUUUGCGUCUGGACACAUGCCGCAGGCGCCACCAUCAGCACGACCUUACCCUCCAACAAUGGGUUCAGGUUUCCCACGAGCAGCUCCACAGCCUCGAGGACCCACCCCAAUGAGGACCAUGACACCACAGACCUACCAACCGGAACCGCAGUCUGCCACAAGCUUCGCCAGCCAGGACAGCUACAACAGACCAACGGCGCCACCUUCAAGAUCGAACACAGGAGGUGGUUUUCAUACUGGCCCAAAAGUCGAUGAAGCUUACUGGAACAGCAUACAGAAGCAACAGUCAUUCAGCCGUCCGGUAGCCCGUCAGCCUUCGAACACAAGCUUUAGUAGGCCGUACUCACCAGCCACAGCGCAAGUGCCGUCCCAGAUGGCUCCUCCAGAACGACAACAGCAUAGUUACGAGAUGACCACACAGCCAUCGCACUCUGUACCAGUCUCGAGAACACCUGCGCCCGCGACCGGCGGCUACGUGGCUUUCAACCCUGCAGCGCAGAGCGGCUCUACACCUGCGCCAACAGCUCCGGCAAUGCAGGAUGGCCCGCGCCGCAAUAUCACAGUAGCUGGCCAGAUGAGCGACUAUUUUGGUGAUGCACGUCGAGUGCCUCAACGAAGUGCGACGGCACCGAUUGAACCACAGAGCGCCGAGCCACUUCGACAAUCUGUAAAUGACAUCCUUAACGACUAUGGACCGCCACCGAGCAACGAGACACUCAGUAGGCCUCAACCGCCGACGAACCCUGUGCAGUACCGCUCAUACACAGCCGAGCCAUAUGCGCCAGCUGUCAACAAUCAAAGUUUCAGCCGGCCUCAGCCGCCAUCAAAUCCUGUACAAGGGCGAUCAAACACUGCGGGACCAGAACCUGGGCAAUGGCGGAGAUAUUCCUGAGCAAGGAAGCUCAUGUUGGAGAAGGUGGAAGUGCAGGAUAGCAUCCAAAGCGAUACAUAGGCAUGAUUUUGAUGAUGAGUGUCACGCAGCCAGUGACUAUCACAGGCUUUUUCAGCGUGCGUACGUAUGAUUACAGAGAUACCCAAAUACGCGCAUGCAAUUUACGAC